UAAGAAUCCGCUGUCAUAACAAAAUAACCUGAAAAUAUGUAUUUAGCAAGAAAUUCGAAUAUAAUUCGUAAUCAUAACAAUAAAACGCUACAAAAAUGGUUUUGCGUAAACUGUAUACGCGGAAAAAGUACUGCAGCACCAAAGACGAAGACGUAUUCGCACACAAUACUGUCUCCAAAGACGAAUUUUCCUGCACGAUCAAAUAAUGCUAUAAAAGAACAAAUUCAGAAGACUGCACAAUUCGCAGAGUUGUAUAACUGGCAAAGGGAGAACUUAAAAGGUCCUGAAUUCGUCCUACACGAUGGCCCACCGUACGCCAAUGGUGAUUUACACAUGGGACAUGCUGUUAACAAGAUUAUCAAAGACAUAAACAACAGGAGUCAAAUAUUACAAGGGAAUAGAGUACAUUACGUACCUGGCUGGGACUGCCACGGUCUCCCUAUAGAGUUGAAAGCCCUACAAAAAGCCAAAAAAUCUUCAAAAACUAAUCAAAUCUCUGACCCAGUCCAUAUUAGAAACAUAGCCAGAACUUUUGCAUUGGAGACUGUAGAAAGACAGAAGGAUGCUGUCGGCGACUAAAAGUAAGGUGCCGCGCUAUCGCCGGCAAAUGGUGUGGGGUACCGCGCACAUAGCGGUCCGCCUCACACACAUUUUUCAUUAGAAAUAAGAUAUUUGCAUUUUUGUUUAUUUGUUGUAAUUUACGUUGGUUAGGUUAAGUUGUUAUUAGUUAUAAUAGUAUCAACAACCCAAAGUAAGGCGCCGCGCUGCCGCCGGCAAAGAAAGGUGUGGGGUACCGCGCACAUCGCGGCCCGCCCCACAGACAUAUAGUGAAUUAGAAAUAGGAUUUUACAUAUUUUUAUUAUUGUUUAUAUUUCUAAUUGUUGUUAUUUACGUUAUCAUAGACUAUUGUCACAUUUGUGUCCAUUUGUAAAGUUAUUAAGUGUAAAAUUGCUGAACUAUGAAAGUUAAUGGUUACGUAAUAAGAAUUGUAAAAUUGACUUUUUACUUUAAGUUGUUUUUAAAUGUAAGGGUGAAUAUCUUAUUGGAAAUCGCCCAGAAACGCCAAAUCCGUUGGAAUUUUGAAGAUCGGCCGUCGGAGUAAAAAGUUAUGAACAAAUGUGUAAAUGACUCCAAUAAGACGGCCGGUAUAUUGGUGU